AUGGUCUCCUUUGCUCAGACAUGUGUCUAUGCGGCUGUGACUGCACUGGUUGUCAUCCUCCUAAAUGUUGCGCGCCAGCUGCUCUUCCAUGACAAGUCGAAGCCGCCCGUUGUCUUCCACUGGAUCCCUUUCUUAGGGAACACUGUCAGUUAUGGAAUGGACCCGUACGCCUUCUUCUCUUCAUGCAAACAAAUGUAUGGCGAUAUCUUCACCUUUGUUCUCAUGGGCAAGAAGACAACCGUAUAUCUGGGCGUCCAGGGCAACGACUUUAUCCUCAAUGGAAAACUGAAAGAUGUAAACGCAGAGGAGAUAUAUGGCCUUCUCACUACACCGGUAUUCGGAUCUGAUGUCGUGUACGACGUUCCCAAUGCGAAGUUCAUGGAGCAGAAGAAGUUCAUCAAAUUCGGUCUCACACAGAGCGCGCUGGAGUCGCACGUCCAACUGAUUGAGACGGAAGUCCUGGAUUAUAUCAAAACCUCCCCCAAAUUCAAAGGCCCCUCUGGAGUGGUUGAUGUCUGCGCCGCCAUGGCUGAAAUCACUAUCUUUACCGCAGGCCGUGCGCUGCAAGGCGAGGAGGUUCGCAAGAAACUCACGGCUGAAUUUGCCGACCUGUAUCAUGACCUCGACGGGGGAUUCACCCCCAUUAACUUCAUGUUUCCUUGGGUUCCGUUGCCACGAAAUCGAAAGCGUGAUGCCGCUCAUUCCCGCAUGAGGGAGAUCUACACAGAUAUUAUCAACAAACGCCGCCAGAACCCCCGCAAGGAGACCAUGGAUAUGAUCGGGAACCUCAUGAAGUGUACCUACAAAGAUGGAACCCCGGUGCCGGACAAGGAAAUCGCUCACAUGAUGAUCACAUUGCUGAUGGCAGGUCAACACUCCUCCUCGUCCAUCAGCUCGUGGAUCAUGUUUCGACUCGCUGCCGAACCUGACAUGGUCGAGAAGUUGUAUCAGGAACAAAUCGCUAACCUCGGGAACGGCACGAAUGACCUUCCGCCCCUGGAAUACAAAGACCUGGAUCGCCUGCCACUACUCCAGAACGUCAUUAAGGAAACACUGCGUAUUAACCCUUCUAUUCAUUCGAUUAUGCGCAAGGUUAAGAACCCACUCCCCAUCCCUGGAACUUCAUACGUCAUCCCUACCGACCAUGUCCUGUUGGCCUCCCCUAUCAUGACGGCGCUGAGUGAGGACUACUUCCCCAAUGCGACGCGGUGGGAUCCGUAUCGCUGGGAGAACCACCAGGAAAAGGAAGAUGACGGGGAGAUGGUUGACUAUGGCUAUGGCACUGUGUCCAAAGGUACCGCAAGUCCUUAUCUCCCCUUCGGUGCUGGUCGUCACCGCUGCAUUGGUGAGAAGUUCGCCUAUCUCAAUCUGGAAGUCAUUAUCGCCACGAUUGUGCGCAACAUGAAAUUGUAUAAUGUGGAUGGUAGAAAAGGCAUUCCGAAUACAGACUACUCGUCUCUGUUUUCUGGGCCCAUGAAGGGAGCCACGAUAGGAUGGGAGCGACGUUCCCCAUAG